AAAGCGGGUCUAGAAGACACCCCCCUGCCUCGGAUACCUAAGAUUGAUUCGCGAACAUAGGGGUAUCUUCCUCUCCUUCCGCACAAGAGUAGAGCGAACGGAGACUCUCUGAUCUUACCCUCGCCUGGAAGAGAGAGGCUGGAGCAAGAAAGCAGGAGGAACUCGUCCUUCCCUUUACUUAUUUUUUCCGCCUUACUUCUUUUCUGCCCUCUAUUCCGUUAUCUCUUUCAAGAAAUGACUUAAGUUCUUACCUGCAUUCUUUGUUUUGACUCCGAAGGUGACUGCCUUUUUAUGAGAUUAUACAUGUACCAUGGAGAGUUACAAAACUAAUUCUGGAAGAAUGGAAGAAAACAAGCUAGAAAUCUUAAACAUUUCUCCGAAAGGUUCUGAGGUGAUGAUGUCAGUGACAGGCGAACCACCUAGUGCUGUAGAAGAAACAGCUAAAGAAACAGAUGUAGAAAUCAUCUCGGAAACCAUAGAGCCACUCUCCCUUCUUGAUGUGUUGAGGAUCUCUGCAGUUCUUGAAGAUACCGCAGACCAGCUCUCUAUUCUAAACUAUAUCAUGCCAGUUCAGUAUGAAGGAAGACAAGGCACCAGCAUGAAAAGAAAAGAAAUAAAUUUACAAGGAAAAAGCCUGGACAAACUACCGAUGGUCUCAACAGCUUUGAAAAUGACUAGUCCAUUCUUACCUAAUGAAGGACCCAAGUUGCCAGAAAUCAGUCAAGGAGGCCAAUUUGCCAUGGAAUUUAACAAAAUGCAGGAUCUUGUCUUCAAAAAACCUACAAGGCAGACCAUAAUGACUAUGGAGACACUGAAGAAAAUUCAGAUUGAUAGGCAAUUUCUCAGUGAUGUGAUUGCAAAUACUAUGCAGGAGUUGCAAGAUUCAGGCACUUUCACCAAUCUCCUGCAAGCUUUGAGCAAAGAGAGGGAAAAUAAAAAGCAUUUCUAUGAUGUCAUUGCCAGGGAGGAAAAAGGAAGAAAACAGAUAAAAUCUCUUCAAAAACAGCUAAUUAAUGUCAAAAAAGAACGGCAAUUUGAAGUACAGAGUAGGAAUGAAUAUAUUGCUCACCUUAAGGACCAAUUGCAAGAGUUGAAGGCAAAAACCAACUUGGAGAAUGGCUAUAUGAAAAGAAAUACUGAGCUGCAGAUUGCCCAGACCCAGAAAAAAUGUAACAAAACAGAGGAACUCUUGCUGGAAGAGAUUGAGAAACUAAGGAUGAAAACCGAAGAAGAGAAUCGGAUUCAUACAGAGAUUGAAAUGUUCCUUAGAAAGGAACAGCAGAAACUUGAGGAGAAGCUAGAGUUCUGGAUGGAUAAAUUUGAUAAGGACACAGAAAUGAAACAGAAUGAACUAAAUGCUCUCAAAGCUGCAAAGGCCAGUGACUUAUCACACCUUCAAGACCUUGCAAAGAUGAUAAGGGAGUACGAACAGGUCAUCAUUGAAGAUCGUCUAGAAAAGGAGAGGAGCAGGAAGAAGGCAGAACAGUUUCUCCUGGAAUUAAAAAGCGCCAUAAAGCUCCAGGCCUGGUGGCGAGGCACUAUGGUACGAAAGGAAAUUGGUGGCUUCAGAAUGCCUAGGGAUAAAGAUGAUAGCAAGGAUGCAAAAGGUAAAGGCAAAGACAAGGAUAAGCGGAGAGGCAAGAAGUGACCAAGUUAUCUUUCAUCCUUUCCUCCUGUAUUAUGGAGCUGGGAAGGACCUGGAGGGAGUAAGAAACAUCUUAUACCAUCACAGAUAACUCAUCUACAGAUUUCUUAUUUGGACAUUCUCAGGUGACGCCUGGUGAUUCCAUUUUGCCUGUUAUAUUAGUUUUCAAACCCCAAGUUAGGAUUAUACCACCGAUUUAGGGCUUUUUCAUAUUUUGAAUUUUGCUGUGAAGAAAUGUUUCUAGUAGCCUUGUGAAGAUCCCUCUUGCUCUUUCUCACCAGAAAAAUACAGUUCAUGGGCUUAGUUAGUUACACUUCAGUAAUUCCUGUGAUGUUUUGUGAGUCUGAUUUUAUUCAAUUUGUCUUUAGUGAAAAAACUCUUAUGAGCAAGUAUUCAGUAGGAAUUACGAGAUGUUUAUGAAGUGUCUAGCAUAAUAUAUACACAGUAAAGUUUUAAUAAAUGUUGGUUCCUUCCA